UGUUGAAAUUCAGGUUUGUUGUUGUGAAUGUGUGAUCAUGGUCUUUGAUUACGUUAUAAUUUAAUUCUCACGAAAGAAGUGAAGUACUCUUUAAAAAAUAAGUUGAUCAGUGCAUAAUUAUCUCUAGAUUUCACAAAAUGUAGUCUGGCUGUGAAGACGCAAGAUAGCCAAAAUCUGUGCAAUGGUCAUCAUUGCGAACUUUUUUUUUUCUUGCUCACUCUUGUUAUCAACAUAUUUUCUUUGAGUUUUUUCACAAUACACAGUCCCACUUUUCCCAAAUUUAUGUGUUUGAUCAGUAGUUAAUAAUUUCAAAGUAACAUCGAAGUAGAAUAUCACUCACUCAGCCUCAACUUGAGUUUUGAAGAGACUGCUACAGGAGAUCAGCGAGGAUCAUGUCUUGCUACGAGCAAUUCAGCCUUUCCUCUGAGAUUGACUCAUUUUUCCGGAAAAUCAAUAACCUGCCGAAAUCACUGAGGGAGUAUUCGCUAUUAUUAAUCAAGGAAUAUCUCACAAAUCCAUUGCCAGCACCUGAAACUGCAACAAAUGACUUGACUGAAGACGAAGUGACGGAGGCAGAAGAAGAUUCUCUGCAUACCGAAAUUGACUUGAUAGAUUCAGAAUAUGAUGAAGAGUGCAGCAUUGUACAAAAUAAAGAAAGUGGGGCCAAAAAUGAUCCUAAAGUAUCCUCGGCCGGUAAUGAUGGGUCAUCUUCUAGCACGGAUGAAGCAGAAACUGUUGAACCUGAAGAUCACACCGUCAAACUCUCUGGAAAAAACCCUCAAACGCAUGGAGGUGGAAAAAGGAUCGUGGAAGGAAAUGAAGGUGCUCAAAAUCUCUCUCAAUUUGAAGAAGUGAGUUCAAGUCAUGCGCGCGCACCUAAACCAAUCAAUACUGCCACAAAAAAACUAUUUAUCCACAGCAAAAAUAUCGAAUCAAACCUGGUCCAUACAAACAAGUUAGUCACAAAGGAUGGGCAAAGAUAUCAUUUAGUUAAAAGAUUAAGGAGAAGCAAAGAUGGGAAACACUAUUAUGAAAAUGCUGCCGUUCCAUUGGGCCCAAGCCCCCAGAGAUCAAAAAUUAUGGUUCCAAAAUUGAAAUCAAGAAACAAUCUCUCCUCAAUGGCAUCUGCAAAAUUGAACUCUGGUAAUUUGAAAGUGAAGGUCAAGGAACCUCUUAACCGUCUAAUGUUCAGUCCUAUUAAAACAAAGACGAUUCCUCCGCCUAAAAACUCAAGAACAGUCCUUGAUGUCACUGAAGACAAUAUGAUCAUUUUUAAAAACACCUCAACUAAACCAAUCGCAUUUGUUCCACCUCCGAAUGUGGUAGUGACCAAAGCAAGUGAAUCUCCUAACCCUAGGUUACAUACUCCAGCCAAAUCCACAAUUUUCAUUAAUGGUAGCAAAUUUGUGGUCCCUGCAAAUUUGCAAGUGAGUUCCAAAAUAGUUGACAAAAACUUGGAGAUUGAAGGAUCAAAUUCCAAUCCUGCUUCUCCCCUAGUGAAAAAGUCAACAUCAAGUUUACCGACAGACACCAGGUAUCGAACUAUAUUACCAAAAGACUUGCAACCAAAAGUAGUUCAGUGCAAAGUAUUGAAAGAGAUUCAAGUUUCGCCUAACAAGUGGAAUAAACUACCCACUACCCCCAAGACUCCAAUUACCGUGCAACUUAAUAGUACUAUUGGCAGUAAUGUCCACAUGAAGAACAAAGCAUCUUUACCGCUAAGACUGCAGAAAGCUCCUUUGAUCAAGUCAAAUAUAGGGGCAAUUAAUAAGCGUUCUUUGCAACUUGUUAAGUCCGGAAAUAAUUCCCAAGAAAAAUUCCAUAUUUUACGAAAGAAAAAUUUUCAAUUCUCAACUAAACAGCGUAGUGUUAUUACCAAGCAGUUGACAAAAUAUUUGAAGAUGGAUAACGAAGAAAAACAGGGUGUCGAAAAAGCCAGUGAGGACUUCGUUGUCAUCGUUGAUCCGAGUGAUGUAGUCAAUACUGAAGGGUGUGAGGAAGUUGUUACCCCAGCGAAACUAAAGCGGAAAAUCAAAAUUUUAAGGCCAAGUAUUCCCAGAGUUCAAUUUACGAAGGUGAAAAAGCCUAAAAUGUGUGAAAAGUGUGGCAAAGCAUUUAGAACUGAAUCGCUUCUUAAGCUACAUAUGAAGAUACAUUCUCCUAGAUUCAAGUGUAAAAAAUGUGGUCAAGCCUAUGUCACUAGUGUGGAAUAUCUUAAACACAAACUAGACCAUAAAAAGGAGGAGGUUCACACAUGCGAAUUUUGUAGAGUGCAAUUUAAUGCGUUCAUUCGGUUGAAAGAGCAUAUCCGGCUGCAUCACCCCACUCAAAAAUUGCACAAGUGCCAACAAUGUAGUUAUAGCGCUUACACUCAAAGGACACUGGACUCACAUACUCGGUACAAACAUGCAGUGAGACGGAAAGAGCCACAGCAGAUCAUUUGUCCUGUCUGCCGUAAGUUCUUUAGGCAAACUUCCGAGCUCAGAAAUCACAUCACAACCCAUCUUCCCGAAAGGAUUUUUAGUUGCGAAGCCUGCGGCAAAAAGUUUAACCAAAAAACGACGCUCAGUUCACACCUAAGGAAUGUUCAUGGAGAGCGAAGAUACCCCUGCAAUGUUUGCCCGAUGAUAUUAAAAACCAGGGACAACCAAAUCAGGCACAUGGCAUCCCAUGCGGAUUGUAAACUUUUCCCUUGCCCCAAGUGUCCUUAUGCUUGCAACUCGCAAGGAAAUCUAGUCAAGCAUGUGCGCACUCAACAUAAUAUACAAAAUUUCUCCUUGAGAAGAAGGGAUCGGGUAAAACAAGUAUGCACUGAAAUCAAUCCACUCACAGAACGAGGACUAGAAAAGGGUUCUCACGUAGCAACCUUGUAUCUUAAUCGGUUAUCGAAGAAACUUGGAAAAGACCUUGUCUCGCAGUUGGGUGCAGAACAACAAAGAGAUGAAAAUACAACAAAUACCUCUACAACAAACAUGGAGAAUAGCGAUUUUGCAAAUUAUGGCGCUCAAGAAAGCGAUAGUGAACAUUCUGAGCAAGACCACAUUGAAACUGAUGCUGCUGUAGCUUCGCUUGACAAAUCACAGUACGACAAUGAUUUUUGUAUUAUUCCUGAGACGCAAAGGAUGUUAGAUGACCUGAUAAAGGAGUCAUCUGGAUAUACUUCAGAAUCUCAGUACCAUGGUGCUCAUACUGCAAAUUUCUAGGAACAUAAAAUUGUUUACAUAUUUUUCUAAAGCGUACUGCCAGAUCUAUCUCCGAAUCUCUGAUGUAUGUCAGCUUAUUUUUCUCAAUUGAUUUUGACCUUAAAAUGGAAGUAAAUUUCAUAAGUUUGAUUUAUUUUUGCUCUGGUGUAUAGUAAGGUUGAUCCUAGUACAUCAUCUACCAACGUGCUUUUCCUAAAAAGUUUGUUUGGAUCCGUGGUGUUCAUUUAAAUAUAGUGCCGAAGCUUCGUAUUUUUUUGCCUCAAUUCUCAAGAAUUAAUAUGUAUCAAGGCUGAACUGCAAGUACAUUCCUGUAUCAGGUCGAAACAAUAUAUUUUUAAGAAUGAAGAAGCUAAUUUUUUUUUUGAAAGAUCCUAAUUCUUGGUUGUUAUCUCUCAUCACAGCUAGGUUAAAAAAGACCUCUCUUCAAAGAAUAGUAGGCACAUUUAUGCUACUGGCAAAAAGUCAAAGUAGGCAUUAAGUCAAACGCUAUUGCAAAAAGCUAAACAAAUAUUCUUCCACGAAUUGAAUUUCUUUUUAUUUUGCCAAUUAUAUAAAAAGUAUUUCCUUGCACAGGUAGGUAAAGGAAUCUGUGUAAAAAUUUGCAUUGUACCAAAGUACAUAUGUUAUUUUUAGUCCUUGAACAAGCAUUCAUUUCAAAAUGCAGCAUGUCCUAAAAUACAGAAUUUUUGACAGUCAAAAUACAGGAAGAUCCAGACCACUUGUACUAGAUCUUUGUCUCAGCUAUUACAGGUGAUGAAUUCUCACUUUUAGAAAGUUGGAAACUUGAGAACUCUCCAUCAAAAACACUCCAAACUUUGUUACUUAUCAAAAUUUGACCUUAUGUUCAUGCCUCUUAGAAUAUCUCAUUUGACUGUUUGCCUGCAACAUACAUGUGUAGUAUCAGAAUGUAUGUGGUGACUUACAUCUCGCAGCUCUUACAAUAGUUAGCUUAGAAAAGUUAUGAACCCUAAAGUUUUUGCCGAUUGGAAUAAAAGGAGCUCCCAGGGUUUUUUACCUCUGAAUGAGAAGAUCUAUAACGUUAAAAUUCUUUACUGAAAAUAAAGUCAUUAAAAUUAGUGCACACUGUGUAAUAUAAAUGAGAAUGCACUGUUAUGGAAGCUUAUCAUAUCUGGUCAUGUAACUGUUGCAGUAAAAAAAAGGAAAACUUUUUUCAUGCCGCAUGAAAGUUAGAAGCAUAACUUUGUUGCGUUUUAUUUUCCUUAUAUAACUAUAAGGUCCUCCAACUUGAGAUUUGACUUCUAAUUUGUUCUCUUAAGAAAUUCUGAAUGUUAAUUUAUUUCCGAACAUUGAUUUUCAGCAUGAAAAAGUGUAAUAUUAAUGAAUGUUUUAACGAUUUCCAUUUAUCAAAAUGUAUUCCAAGAAGAGCCUUUUUUCAUUUCUCUUUUUUCCUUUUUUCUCUUAAUGUUAACAUGCAAAAAUUGUAUAACUUGUGAAUAUUAAACCCCGAAUAUGUUAGCCUGUCA